UGUAAAUUCUUGUUUAAUUUUGGAGAGUUCAAAAUUUCAAGUACCUAUCAAAAUUUCAAGUAACUUGUGGACCUGUAAGGCCGAGUGAAAUAAUGAACGAAAACAACAUGGAAGUGUGCAAUUCAGACUGUGUUGGAGUCAAAACAGCUACUGCAAUACCUGCAAUGGCUAUAGCGCCACCGAUUGCUCACAUGAUAGGGUCGCCGAAAUCCAGGCCUGAAGACUAUACUCAGCAAACGCCACAAAGGCCGCCCAAACGGGAUCACCAUCUUUUUCACUUACAACGCGAUCUGGACAGCCCCAGUGCCGCUUUGCGCUUGCGCGCCUUACGUGCCCUGAAAAGUCCCAAUAAACAUUAUAACAAUUUCGAUAUCCCACAUGAUGAAAUAAGCAUAAUCACUACAGAGGAGCGCAAUCCCUGUCCACCACCAACUCUCUCCGAAAUUUUACAGGACGUGAUAGUCUACGUUGAGGUGCGCACUGGCAGUGAUAAUCGCUCCGAGGGCGUGAAGACCAUCAUUGCCAAGCUGGGCGCAAAAGUGAACGAUCGUCUGUUGCGUAAUACUACACACGUGGUCUUUAAGGACGGUCUUUUAUCUACUUACAAGCGCGCUAAGAGCUGGAAUGUACCAAUUGUGUCCAUAUUGUGGAUUGAAGCUUGUAAAGUACAAAAACGGCUAUGUGAGACCAGCCAGUUUCCCAUCAGCAAUAUCCAUUUAUAUGAAUAUCCAGAAAUAUAUGGUAAAAUUGCGCGCGUUCGUUGCAUGCAACCAGAUUCUGAACUCAUGAGGCGGCCACGCAAGCGCCAUGGAACACCGACUGGCACCAAGGAUAAAGAAGUUGCCAAAAAGGUAUCAGCUCUAGACGAGCCCACAACAACGCCAAAGAACGACAUACAACGCUUCUUCAAGCCUUUAAGCCAGAAUAAGCAACUGACUGAAAGUGAAUCAACCGAGUCACCAGCGACCAGGUUGCUAAAUAGAAUGACCAACGGAUGUUUUACACCGCUCACAACGCAGAUUCAGCCAGAUGUACAUAAGGACAAAACAAAUGAGACUGACUUAACCGACAAGCGACCAGUAGCCAAAAAGACUUUAAGCUUUGGCCAAGAAAAGCGAGUGGACAAGCCCCGAAGCAGUUCGAUGACAGUGGUGCCGCCACAAGAUAUAAUUCCGCUACGUGUCAGUCGUCGUAGCACUUCGAUGCAUGAGUCCACUAGACACGAGCCUAAAGAGGAUCAAGUACAAACAGAGCCGCGCCUGACAAGGCGACGCAGCUCAUUAAACAUGAGCAAAAUUUCCAGCUUAGAUGAAAAUUCGUCUCAGUCGACAGCACAACCACUGCCACAGCCAGAGCCGAGACUGACGCGUCGCCGGAGCUUGCAACUAACUGCACAAUCUAAGAUAGAAAAUAGUCCAGACCCGCCAGUACAACAAGAUUCGCAAAUUUCGCGUCGUCGCAGCUUUACAACGAUUUCUACCACGAAGCCCAGCACACCAACCGUGAUUAAGAAGCCGUCAUUUCAAGCUAUUGACGAGGAGCCAUUGUUGGAGACGACAUCUAAAAAUAUGUCGCUGGGGAUGGGCACCACAACCGCUCAAGCAAGAACGUCAGUUAACAAUAGAACCAACUACGUGCAACAAUCAAUGGAAGUUAGCAUGUCCCGAGCGGUCUUAAUUGGUGAAGCAACCGGACGCCGCACACUAUACACUACCAAUCCAAUGGAAAUAAGCGCAGUGAACGUUGAGAACGGUGAAAACAUAAACCCAUAUCUGGAGUACAGCACCCAAGCGAAUGUAACCACGCAAACAUCACUAGACAACAUCGGUGAGCAGACGCCUGUGCCAGUCUUCAGCUCGACACGACUGCCAGGCAGCGCUGGCUCCACCAGCAAUCGUCGGCGCUCGCUCUUUCACAUCGACAUAGAUCUGAUCAAUGAGCGCAUCAACACGAUAAACAGCACUUCGCAAAGACGCUCACUGGCGUUGGCCAAUGCGGCCGAGCUGGGCGAGAGUCGCGCCUUGGCUCCACUGCAGGCGGUGGUACCCGAAGAAAAAUCGACAGAGCCAAAAAUGCGUCGUCUGUUUACGCCAAACGAGGAUAUUGUCCUAUCAUCGUCAUCUAGCUCAAGCAAGAGAUCACGCCAGAGCAUUAGCGGCAAUACCGCUUCAACCGGCACCGUCAAGCGUCGUCGCUCUUUGGCAGCGCAGAAGCCCACGGCGGCCGUUGGACCGAUUUUGCAAACAAAUUUCCAGAGUAAUGAUGAAAAUGAGACGGACACCGAUUUGUAUGUGACACCAAAUGCUUCGGUUGACAUCAUUGCCAGCGCAUCAGAGUCGCAUGGAGAUUGCGUGAUGCGCGCAACAAAGCGACGCACCAUACACACCUUGGUGCACACCAAUAUGCAUAGAGAGCAGGUGCAGGUCAUCCAAAAGGCCAUACGCAAACUUCGCGGAGUGCGUUUGGAUCCCACGGUCACAAAGCGCACCACACACCUGGUUAGCUUGGAGCCACGUCGCACGCUAAAUCUGCUGCGUGGUCUCAUACGCGGCGUCUGGAUUGUCAGCUACGAGUGGAUCCUAGAAUCGAUGCAGGCCGGCAAAUGGCUAGACGAGCAACGAUACGAGCUAACCUCAUUCUCACGUGCCGUCGUGAUUUGCCGCACCGAACGGCAAGCCUUUGGUAAUUUCUAUCGCUGCGAACUAUUCCGCUAUAUGGAGGUCUUCUACGUGUCAUCUCUGUGCCGACCCAUCACUUUCAACAAUAUAAAGGAGUUGUUGCUCCUUGGCGGCGCCAAGUUAACUGAGAACCGCUACAAAGCCAAGUUCAUUGUGGGCGAUAAGCGACGUGCCGAUGAUGAUCGCAUUUAUCUGUCGCCCAUCUGGGUCCUUGAUAGUAUUACCUCAAUGCAAGUGCAAAAGUUUGGAAAGUACCUGAUGAAGUGCGCCAUCGUCACACCCCAUGGCAUACGAUAUGAGGAUCCGUGUCGGGAGCACGGCGAGAAACCACGACGAAAUUUGAAAGUUUGUUACAAAGAUCCGGCGCUACUCAUAAACAAAUGAGCCAAUUGACAAUCAGUUUCAAAUUCUGUAAAACUUAGUUAACUUAUCCGAAAAACUUUGGUUAAAUAAAUACGACUGUUCGAUGUUCCAAGAUGCAA